AUGACUACGACACAGACGACUCUUGCUGGAGAUGUGGCAAAAGCUCUCAGUAAUGAUCCAACACAAGGUGCAUUCAAGUUAGUGCAGGAUCUGAAGCUGUCUCUGGACAGGGAUGGAAGUGAUUUGUCGAGUACAAUUACGGUAUUAGACAAAUUAGCUGUUACCUUGAGAGACGUGAAUGCGAUCACAAAGCCGAGUGACGAGGUUCUGAGGCAAGCCGCACGAGUAGUGGCUAAUCUGGUGAUCGAUUGUGACGAGAAUAGGCAGAUUAUUGUAGAUUUCGAGUAUCUGAGUGUGAUAUGUGGGAUCCCAGCCCUUGCACAAAGUCCAACAGAUGCAUAUGCACCUGCGAUCAUUGCGAUCGUAGCCUCAUUACAUAACCUGAGUGUGGAAAAGCACGGUGAGUGGUAUGCGGUAGAACGAGCUAAUGAGUUAGAUUCUGUGGUCUCUUAUCUGCGGCAAGACCUAUACCUACGAACAAUAAUUCACAUUACUAAACAGUGGACAGAGGAUUUCUAUUCACCUUCUCCACAUGAUGAAACAUCAACAAUCGUUCGUUGGUCUUGGUCAAUCCUUUCAAUUCUACUAGAAAAGCCUCCACCUUCGAUUAACAAUACAAUCUUUGACGCUCUUCUCACUCCCUUCUCAUCGUCUUCGGAUGAUUAUGACACCCACCUCCAUAUCCUCACUUCUGCUUGUGCAAGUAUCGAAGCUUGCCUAACUCCCGAAACACCGUUACGUCAGCAGGUUCUUCCUUAUCUGACCCUCUUAACCGAAUUUGUGGAGAAAGCAGAUAUACCAGAGGAUCAGGAGGACACCAAUGAGAUUGAGGAUCAAGAAGGGGAAGAGGGAGAGGGAGAGGAGGAGGGAGAGGAAGCGGAUGACGGUGCAGACUAUGACAAGACACUUGGUAGUGCCAAAGCAGCUAUUGUCCGCACUUUAGUAUCACUAAGUUCAGAUAUACCACCUUCAUCGUCUUUCUGGCAACGAAUCCGAAUAUGGUUGGAAAGGAAAGAUCGACCGGAUUUACUCAAUUGUGCUUUAUUAAGCUUUGGAAAUAGUAUUAUUGAUGGUAAGUUUUCAUUUGGCAAAAUAUUAGCUUAUUCUUCAGAUUCUUCUGCCAAAUCACUCUUAAAUGGGGAAACAUCCCUUCUUCCCAACAUAUUACCUCUUCUUGACCCGUCCACUCAAGCGACAACACAACAUUCCGUCAUUGGUCUUAUCAAGAAUCUCUCUAUACCCACCGAGAAUAAAGCGGUACUGGGUGAAGCAGGAGUAAUAGAAAGACUCGCAGGGAUGAAUAUAUGGUCGCAGGAACGUGACUUAUUAGGUUCAGUCCAAGGUGGAGCUGCUGGAAUUCUGAAAAACCUAUGUCGUAAUAACGCUGAAAAUUCACAUCGAUUUCUCUUACAACCCCUCGAUCCAUUAUUGGAUUUAAUCAAACGAGCUGACGAUCCGCCACUCCGAUUUGAGUGCACAAGGAUAUUCGUAAACGUGAUCAAAUCACUUGCUUCUGCCAAACAACCCUUAUCAUCAUCGACAAUAUCAAAUUCACGAGUCAUCGAAUCAAUAGUCAAAAUGUUGGUGGAAGGUUCUCGGUAUCCUAUACUUCAAAGUGAAGCUGUUAUCGCUUUAACCCUAUUAGCAACUUUCGGUUCUUCUGAAACCAAAUCCCAGGUCAAUUCCACUUUGAGUGGACCUGGCCUGGACAUUGUUCGCGGAAUGAGCCAAGAUGGGCGCAAAGAGAUCAGAGAGAAUGCGAAUACCCUUUUGAACGUAAUCUAA